UACAACAUUCAAAAAGAAUCUACUAUUCACCUUGUGCUGAGGCUUAGAGGAGGAGGAUAUGGAAGAUUGAGCUAUGCUCCGAGUGCAUUGGCUUUGGCUCAAAAAUACAACCAACACAAGAAGAUUUGCCGCAAGUAUUGCUAUGCUCGCUUGCCUCUGAGGGCUACAAACUGCCGGAAGAAGAAAUGUGGACAUAGCAAUGAGCUAAGGCUUAAGAAGAUCUUUCAGGCUAAGGGUGGUGUGUUUUUUUUUUUUUUUUUAAUAAGGAAAGAAAACUUAAGCAGCCCCUUCAAUCAGGGGCCAACCUAA